AUGGAAGGGCAUACAUACACAACAUCGAUUCGUCACGAUGAUAGGCAAUCGACCGAACCAAUCGUUGUGCUCAGGAAGGAAAAGACCGAGUUGAAUAUUCUGCUCAAGGACUUGGAUACCGCGCGCGCUAAGUGGAAACCAUCCGGGUCGUUCGACCAGCGAUACUGGGCACAAGCUGCGAAGAUAGAGCAGAUAUCCCUAGACCGCGAGGAGAUCAAGUGGAAAAUCUCAUAUAGAAGCUUCGUCGGCACAACCGCUGAAUGGGAAGACACCCAGGAUGCGAAGAGUGCUGCUGAUACAAUUCAAGCCCAUAAGAAGGCCAAAGAAAUAUGUCAGAGGCGCAUGAAACAACUCGACGAAGACAAGCCUUGCAGAAGUCUAAUGGCUUCGUUCAUCAAACUUUUCACUACUUACAAUGGACAUAUCUGGCACUGCCUCUAG